AUGGAGGUUGCCGGCCAAAGUUCAGCCCCGGCUGUGCCUAGCACCUCUUCUCAUCAGUUUGAACAUAUCGAUUCCAACAACAAAGACGUAGCAAAGUCGAGUUUCCAUUCGGUGUCUUCAAUCUGCGAUCAAACAGCAGGCGGGGACUCUGAGCUGAGGUCGAUGCUGGAGGAAAACGUGUUGCAGGUGUUGACCGAAGAGACGGUUCUGAAGAAGUCGCGUCUUGCAUUGUGCCACGGCGGACUGAUAGUGGACGGCGAGUUCCUCUCCCUUACUUUCCCACGGAAGCUUUGGAAAAUCGUGGAAAGCGAGCAGUUCAAGUCUAUUAAGUGGGACCAGGAAGGGAGCUGCGUGGUAAUCGACGAGGAAUUCUUUAAGAAGGAAGUUUUGGAAAGGAAAGGCCCCCUCAGGAUCUUCGAGACCGACUGCAUGAAAAGUUUCAUUCGGCAGCUCAACCUCUAUGGAUUCAGCAAAAUCCGCCAAGACUACCAGAGGUCCGCUUCAUUGACAGACUUCUUGGCUGAGGAAAAGGAAGCGGCAAUACUGACCAAGUUUCAGUUUUACUACAAUCCCAAUUUCCGAAGAGGUUGUCCCAACCUUCUGAUGAGAAUGAAGCGACGGGUUGGAAUUAAAAGCGCUCUUCCCAUCAGCGACUCUCAAGACCCAGAGUGCAGUGGGGGUGGCCAGCUGAGAGCAGGAACUUCCAUGGACCAGAUCACUUCGGAGGGGCAGCAAAGUCCCCACCCCACCUCUGCCACUGAAACAGCCCCCAAUAUAACAGAGGCACCUUCAACCAGUGUGGGAGCCAAGGGGACCAUCAGAACUGCCGCCAGCAACUUGUCUCCAUUAUCCACCCCGGGAAAGUCAGGGGAUCAUGGGGAGAAGGCGAACUACUUGCCCCAGCUUCUCCACCCCCAUCACAUCCCACCUGCCCGCUCCACUAGCCAUGCCAUGGAGGCGAGCAGCAGCAGUACCACCACUUCAGCUGCAUCUGUCUACCACUUCAUGCCCUCAGUACCGGCUCCUGGGUUUGGGCCAAUGAUGGGCUUCCCAGGCUUCUCGUCCAUGUACCCUGACUUGGCCCCCAUGCAGGCCCACCUAGCUAGCUGGUUGCCCUUUUGCAACCCCUGGUUCUCCAUGCCCAUGAUGGCAGCUGCCUCUGCAUUCUCCAUGUCUGGAUCAUCGCACCAUCACCGGGCACUGCCACACCACCAUCACUGCACCAACUGCAACUGCCCCUCUCCCAGCGGGCCCCCUUCUACCAGAGGGGCCUCCAGAAACCCAGAGCACAUGGGGCCCAACAAGAACCACUAG